AUGGAUAUUUUACCGCCACUAAUGAAUGAGAAACAAAUUCAAACAGAUGAUGUGACUAUUCGAACGCAAUGCAUACAAUUAAUCAAAUUUAUAUUUUUCAAUCAAAAUUGGUUGAAUAAAAGAAAAGUGAAAACUAUACGUCAUUUAUUGAAAACUUACUGUUGUACAUCAUUGCACAAUAUUGUAUCAUCUAUACUGAUAGACAAAGCAUUACUUGUACAACAAUCAUGUGCUCAACUCUUAUCAUCAUCAGCAUCCUCGUCAUCAGCAUCCAUAUCAAAUGAUUUAUUGAUUAUUGGUGCCGGACAAAUGAGAACUGGUACAACUAGUUUAAAAUAUGCACUACAAUUGUUAUUUAAUCAAUCAUGUUAUCAUAUGUGUGAUAUUAUUUAUCAAUUUCAUGAAAGACAUAUUCUAAAAUGGAUUAAUUUAUUUCAAAUGUAUGACAGAUGUAUACCAAUUGAAAAAUAUCAUUGGAAUGAUAUUUAUCAUCAAUGUCAAUUUGCUGUAGAUUAUCCAACUUGUGUAUUUUAUAAAGAAUUAAUGAAUACGUAUCCAAAUGCUAAGAUCAUUCUAACAGUUCGUGAUGCUGAUUCAUGGGUAUCAAGUUGUCGAGCCACAACUGCCUCUGAUAUGGUCAUGACUAAACACAUAACAUUCACGGAAAAAAUGAUUUAUCGAUUACGUGGUCUAAAAAGUUUACCAUUAUUACAUGACCACAUGUAUACAAAAGUGUUCGGUACCAAUUACGAUCGAAUGACAAAUGAUCAGUUGAAAAAUGCAUUUCUUACAUGGAAUCAAGAAGUGAUUGAUUAUGUACCAAAAGAUCGUUUAUUAAUAUUUAAUCCUCAAGAUGGAUGGAAGCCAUUAUGUGAAUUUUUAAAUAUACCCAUACCGUACAAUGUUCCAUUUCCUCAUUUAAACAAACGACAGGAUUUGAGGAAUAAUCUAUUGAAAUAUCGAUUUUUAGCGCAAUUUUUAAAUUUUUCCUUGAUGAUAUUUGUAUUAUGUUGUAUACAUGUAUUAUUUUGUUAUUUCAUGUAAGUGUAUUGAGUGAUGA